GCGCAGCCUCCUCCCUUCCCUUCCCCUCCCUGCCUGCCUCCAGCCCGCCCGGCUCGGCUCGGCUCGGCUCAGCUCGGCUCUCACACACCCACCCACCCUCCCGGCGCCCCCCAGCAUGGUUAUCAAGGUCUACAUCGCCUCCUCCUCCGGCUCCACGGCGAUAAAAAAGCAGCAGCAAGAUGUUUUAGGGUUCUUGGAAGCCAACAAAAUUGAAUUUGAGGAAAAGGACAUCGCCGCCAACGAGGAGAAUCGGAAAUGGAUGCGGGAGAAUGUCCCGGAAGACAGCCGGCCCGCCAGCGGCAACCCGCUGCCGCCGCGGCUCUUCAACGACAGCCGGUACCUCGGGGAUUACGAAGCCUUCUUCGAAGCUCGAGAGAAUAACGCGGUGUAUGCGUUUUUAGGCUUGACUGCGCCACCUGGUUCAAAGGAAGCCGAAGCGCUGGCAAAGCAGCAAGCAUGAAUUCCAACUGCCUUAAAUAAAUGUUCUGUAAAGGGAAUUUCCACAGCUUUUUAUAAAAUAGUACAAUUGUCUCUGCUUCAAGAAAUAUAGAUGUGAUUUCUAACAUUUGAUUGGUGCUUGCAGCAUUCACCGUAUAUAAUGCAAAUCUGAACACGAUACGAAAAUGUGAACGUAAAGGUAGAAAGCACGGGGUGCAUUAUUACCCAGUUGUACGCUUAGGAACCGAAGCAAUUGGACACGAAUGACUUUCACGUAGUUUAAAUUGUCUUGGCAAUUCGUCUGUUUUGUGUAAACUCCAAAAAACUGCGGUACUAAUAAUGCAGAUGUGGUUAUACCUAGGGAUCCAGCUGUUUAAAAUAUGGGAAAAAAGCACCGCUCUCUCACACCUGGUCAGAUCCUAACUUAGUGCCUGAGUUGCCUCAAAACCCUUACGGAAAUUCACCGUGAUUUUCAGCCUCUUUCGAUUCUGGUUUCGGAUGAAACUGUGGGUGCUGUUGUGUAGCGUAACCAUUGCAGUCACUUCUGAAAGCUGUGUUUGUUCUUUUGUAGGAGGGGUAUGUAAGAUUGGUAUUGUAACACACUGUACAGAUGGUAACAAACAAAAUGCCACGUAGUUCUCAUUUAAGUGAUCCAAGUGGGCUCUUUGACAAAGAUAAAGGGAUUUGGGCACUGGGCGGCCUUCCCACUGGCAAGCUGAUCAGGACAGGUAGCUGCCUGAGCAUGCCUUCAGUACGUGUCUGCGUGCAGGGGUCAGUGCACAUCGAAGUAUGUCCUAAGUCCCAGGCAAUGUUGCAAAUAAGCCAAAAUGGCCAGAAAUGGCAUUUCCUUACCUGUGGAAGGGUGAACGCCUUUAACGUAUUUCUCUACAAAAAUACCAGUUCACACUGCUUAUACUGUUAGGCAUCUUAACGCAUGCUCAAGUAGUCACUAGAUUCAAAUAGUAUUUUUUCAAAUUAGUAGAGGUAAAUGGUUGAACAGCAAGAGCUAGUGUAAUUACCCGAGAUUUUUUUUAAGGUUUAACAACUUAUUUCCAUUGCUGUUGCCAUAUCAUGAGGCUACUGCAGGAGCUGCGAACCUGUUCAAGCGUCUUGGUGAGUUUAGCACGUGCAAUAUUAACCUGUCUGUCCUCCCAGUGCUCACGAGGUAGCCUGGAUUUCUUGGCCGUGUUCUGCAAAAACACAAAUAAUUACAAGUGCCCUAAAGGAUAAGAAGCAGGUUUUAAAAAUGUGUGGGUAAUUUAAAAGGCAUUAUGCACCACAUAAUGCACUUAUCCCCCAAAAGCAUCAAAACACAGUUAGAAAGGUAAUUAGUCCUUGCUGUAAUUAGAGGAUCCUUCUAAUUGCUCUGCACACACACAUUUUGGUUUUCUUUGCUUUAUGAAGGAAGAGGAACAGGUGGCACAGCUCAGCAGAAGGCUGCAGCGCAUCGUGACAGCGCGGUUCAUUUACGUUUAUGCCGUACGACGUACGCAGUGCUCCUUAAGAUGGUUCACAGCUCAUGUUUUAAAGUCGGAAAUUGGGAGCAGGGUAAAAGUAAAAACGUGGGCUUACAAAGACGGUCGAAAGUGCAGUAAUUAAAAACUUCCCUCGCAUUUCUUUGGGGCUUUUGUUCAUUCAGGGAAACUGCUCGUUUUGUCAACAUCUGUUAAAACACAGCUGCAGCUUCUCGCCUUGGUUGGAGGCAGCUCUGCUUCUCGAGAGUUCGUGAGGAAACUCCCACAGACGUCAGAGUGAUCGGGAUCAAGCGCAGAGCCAAGUUAGUUAAAUCAUAUUUAUUUCACAUUUGAUCUCUUCUGAUUUGGGAGCCAGGGAGCUGGUUUGGAGCUUGUGCUUAAAAAAGCAAGCACGCCAUCAGAAUAUACGUGCGUAGAUUAAUGUUGCCUUACCUUCAGAUUUACACACACAUUUGUGCUUUUUCUUUAGCAGGCUUUAUCGGUGAUUACUGAAUUUUUGCGAAACUUUUGGGAUCUUGUGGAAGUUGGGUUGCUUUUUAAGCCCGGAGUCUGGUUUUUGUUGUUCACUGUGAUUUCACCUUUUCAAACCGAGGUGAUUUUUCUUUCUUAACACUGGUGUAAUCUUUUUCUGUCUAAACCAGUGGUCACGUUUUCAAGAAAGUAUUUGAGAUUACUCUGUGAAAUCUUGUGAAGAAAGUGGAAUUUGACACACGAGUCACUUGUACACCCAUGCUGAUUUGCUGUGUUUCCUGUGUAAAGAAAGUAAGCUUUGUGAACUACAGGCAUUAUUUUGAAGAAGCUGUAACUGAAAGUCGCUGCCAAAUUGUCAGCUCGGCGACCCAAAACAUGCUGAAACAAGGUCAGCCUCUGUUUCUGAUGGUCAAGGAAACUGCCAAGUUAAGAAAGCAAAGUCACUUCCCUCGUCUGGUCCCCCCUCCUUGCCAUAUGGUAGCGUUCAAACUGUGUCAGCAUUCCUAAGAAAGCUCUGUUGAGAAAGACUGAAUUAUUUCUUUGUCUGGGGAACAAGGCACCAACACAAACUGAAAAAUACCUAAAAUAUUUCUUUGUUGUGGGGCUGUGUGUAAAACGUGCAUUAACUUUGAUGCGGAUACCUUGCUUGGAUUUAGGAGUGCUAGGAAUGUGUUGCCUAUCUGCUGUUUUUCUAGUUCAUUUACCUGUCUUAGGUUAAUGAUGGGCGCAAGAACUGAAUUUGUUCGUUUCUAUUAUUUUUUCCUAUGUAGAUGGCCGGCAAUGAGGAUUUAACUUGUAAUAUUAACCAUUCCUGUACCAUUCCAAUAAAAUUGUUUUAAAUGCUUUCUCACA